AUGGAUACUGAUAAUAAUUCUUGCAUUUUGUGCCAGUGUGCUCUUAUCGAGGACAUACAGGUGGUCAAAAAAGUUGGCAUAAAUACUGUGCGAAUGGCGAGUUUAAGAAGAAAAGACGGCAUUUACAAUUUAUUGAGAAAUUGCGAGUAUAUGAAGCUACACAGAAAAAAAUGUUAUCUGCCUUAUAUUUUGGAAAGAAAUAUAUUGAGAGAUGUAGAAAAAAAUAAAAACAAUGAUGGCCGUACUAGAAGCCUUCACAAUACUUUUGAUUUUAAAAGCAACUGUUUCAUUUGCGGUCUGACAGUAGAAAUUAAUAAAAAGCUUCCCUUGAAAUACAGAAAAAAAGUGCAACUUGUAGAAACAAUAGAAUUUAGAGAAAAAAUACUCUCAUUUUGUACUAAUCAAGAAAGCAAAGAUUAUACUGAUAUAGUGGCACGUAUGUCGUGCAUUGCAGACUUAGUGGCAGCAGAAGGAAGGUACCAUAGAUCGUGCUAUCAGAAGCUUUGUAAUGGUGCUUUAGCUCAACAAAGAGAUGAAAAUAAAUGUGAGAAGAAGGAUGCUUUUGGUUUAUUAUUUUCUUAUAUGGAGUCCUGUGAAGAAUGCCAGUUUACAAUGACGGAAAUAUCGGACAAAUUAGGUGAGCUAGAUCCCGACAGUGACUACACAGAGAAGUGGAUUCAGACCAAAUUAAAAGAACAUUUCAGAUCUAACAUAAUCAUCACUCCAAGAAAGAAAUUACCUGCUAUUAUCUCUCUAAGGAUAGAUCUGAAUUCUUUACUCAACAAAGCUUUCUACGAGUCAACUUCAGAUGAUCCACAAAAAGAAAAACAACGGAUUUUAUCAAUGGCAGCAUCUAUUUUAAGGGAAGAAGUCAAAGAAAAAAUCUACGACUGCAGCUUUUAUCCGGAUUUCGAAAAUUUACACCAAAUUGCAUCAGAACAAACACCUAAAGGGCUGUUAUUUUUUUUUUCAGAACUGCUUUUAAAAGAGGAACUGAUAUCAAUUUCAUCAGGCGUUUCUGUGAAAGAUGAAAAAAAAUUGAUCAACUGUGAUAACGUUCAACUUAUAGCCAAAAUGUCUCUUCAACAAGUGAUUGGCAAGCCGUUUUCAGAAUUUCAUGUGAAGAAAACAUUUAAAGUAAAAACUUUGGGUGAUGUUAAAGUUGUGGGAAAUAAAGUGAAUCCAGUUGAUGUAAAUCCUCAACAGUUCUUCAAUAGAGUAUUGCUUACUAUGAGAAAUGAAAAUGAUUUAAAAACUUUUUUCGAACAUGAACUGAGUACGUAUCCUCCGUAUUUCUUUAGCCAAGGGAAGCUCCGCAAAGGGAAUAAGUCGGUUUUGGUUUCUCAUCUUUGUAAAGACAAUUUCGAUUAUGAAAAACCCGAAACACUGAAUAAUCCACUUUCAGUCAUUGAUGGUGGUUGCUUACUACAUAAAAUCAUAUGGCCCAAACUAGUAACAUUUGGCGAUAUAUUUAAAAUAUAUUGCAAACACGUUAUUGAAAAUUUUGGUUUCAAUUCUUGGGUAAUCUUUGAUGGUUAUAGCGAAAUGUCCACCAAAGACGAGGAGCAUCGUAGACGUCAAUCAAAAAUUACGCCUAGGGUUGAAUUCCAGGAGAACACAUUGUUGAUCUUUUCUCAAGCAGACUUCCUAUCAAAUACUUCCAACAAAGAAAGGUUUAUAUCUCACCUAGCCGACAAAUUGAAAGAAAAGGGUAUAAAAGUCACACAUACAAAAUCUGAUUGUGACAGUAUUGUUGCCUCAACCGCAAUAUCAGAAUGUAAAGCUCAAGAUGUAGUCGUCUUUGUCAACAUUACGAUUACAUCAGUAUGUAAUCGUAAUGUUACUUUCCUUAGCAAAGAAAUCUACCAGCCAGCUAUAUGUUUGGGCACUCAGCACGAGUAA